AUGAGGAUUAAAGGCUGUUUUCUUAUUUUCCAGGCUGCUACACAGUGUAGCUCGGACGCUGUGAGUUUCAAGAAUCUGGUGAAAGGGAGAGAGUGGACAAUGAAAAUGGACAUGGAGGAUGCUGACAUGACUCUGUGGACAGAAGCCGAUUUUGAAGAAAAGUGCACAUACAUUGUAAACGAUCACCCGUUGGAUCCCAGUGCCGACGGAGGCACCCUAACUCAGGCAGAGGCUUCCUUGCCAAGGAACUUGACUUUCAAAUAUGCAUCUAACUGCAAAGAGGUCACUGGAGUUAUAAGCAAAGAGUACAUCCCAAAAGGAACGCGCUUUGGACCCCUGGUAGGAGAGAUCUAUACCAGCGAUACGGUUCCCAAGAAUGCGAACAGAAAAUACUUUUGGCGGAUCUAUUCAGGUGGUGAGCUUCACCACUUCAUUGAUGGAUUUAACGAGGACAAGAGCAACUGGAUGCGUUAUGUAAACCCUGGCUACUCCGUUCAGGAACAGAACUUGGCUGCUUGUCAGAAUGGAAUGAACAUCUACUUCUACACCAUCAAGCCCAUCCCUGCCAAUCAAGAGCUGCUUGUGUGGUAUUGCCGAGAAUUUGCGGACAGGCUGCACUAUCCCUCCUCCAGAGAGCUGACAAUGAUGAACCUCACACAAACCCACGUUAAUCCAAAGCAGCACAGUGCUGAUAAAGAUGAGCUUUGUCAGAAAAGCAUCCCAAAGAAGGAGCACAGUGUGAAAGAAAUCCUGAAAAUGGAAUCCAAUCCUCCGAAAGGAAAAGACUUUUUCCAGACCAACAUUUCACCAGUUACUCCAGAAAAAGACUUGGAUGAUUUGCGUAAGAACUAUAGUCCGGAGAGGUGUUUCUUCCCUCGAGUUGUCUACCCAAUCCGACCUCACAUUACAGAAGACUAUCUGAAAGCUUCCUUAGCGUAUGGGAUGGACAGACCCAGCUACAUUACCCACUCGCCCAUCCAGACAUCAACUACACCGAGUCCUUCAGGGAGGAGCAGCCCAGACCAAAGCUUGAAAAGUUCAAGCCCUCACAGCAGUCCGGGGGUCACGGUUUCGCCUCUGGCACCUACUUCCCAAGAGCACAGAGAGCCGUACUCUUACUUGAACGGAUCGUAUGGCUCGGAAGGAUUGGGGUCUUAUCCUGGAUACGCACCCCCUGGCCACCUCCCACCUGCCUUUAUACCGUCCUAUAACCCCCACUACCCCAAAUUCCUGUUACCUCCGUUCAAUAUGGGCUGUAAUAACCUGAGCGCUUUGAACAAUAUCAAUGGCAUCAACAAUUUCAAUCUCUUCCCAAGGAUGUAUCCUCUUUACGGCAACCUGCUCAGCGGAGGUAGCCUUUCCCACCACAUGCUGAACCCCACCACGCUCCCCAGUUCAUUGCCCAGCGAAGGAGGCCGUCGAUUGCUGCAGCCUGACCAUCCCAGAGACUUCCUCAUACCAGCACCCAACAGUGCCUUCUCUAUCACGGGCGCUGCUGCCAGCAUGAAGGACAAGCCGUGCAGCCCCACCAGCGGGUCCCCCACAGCUGGCACAGCAGCCAGUUCGGAACACAUAAUGCAACCUAAACCUACCUCAGUGGUGUUGGCUGCCACCGGCGGUGAAGAAGCCAUGAAUCUCAUUAAAAGUAAGAGGAAUGUGACCGGUUACAAAACCCUCCCAUACCCACUGAAGAAGCAGAACGGGAAGAUCAAGUAUGAAUGCAACGUUUGCUCCAAGACCUUUGGCCAGCUCUCCAAUCUGAAGGUGCACCUCCGAGUUCACAGCGGGGAGAGACCCUUUAAAUGCCAGACUUGCAAUAAAGGCUUCACGCAGCUGGCUCACCUCCAGAAGCACUAUCUGGUACACACGGGAGAAAAACCCCACGAGUGUCAGGUUUGUCACAAGCGGUUCAGCAGCACCAGCAAUCUCAAAACCCACCUGCGGCUCCACUCUGGAGAGAAGCCUUACCAGUGCAAGCUCUGCCCCGCCAAAUUCACCCAGUUUGUGCACCUGAAGCUGCACAAGCGUCUCCACACCCGGGAACGUCCCCAUAAAUGCAUCCACUGCCACAAGAGCUACAUUCACCUCUGCAGCCUCCAGGUCCACCUGAAGGGCAACUGCCCCGUGGCCCCCGCCUCCGGCCUCUCCAUGGAGGAGCUGAAUCGAAUCAACGAGGAGAUCGAGAAGUUCGACAUCAGUGACAAUGCCGACAAGUUGGAAGAAGUGGAGGACAAUAUCGACUUGACAUCCAUCGUGGAGAAGGAUAUACUGACCAUGCUCAGGAGGGAAAUGGAAGGAGCUAAUCUGAAAGCAUCUCUGCAGAGGAACCUGGGAAACGGACUUAUCUCCUCAGGAUGCAACCUUUACGAGUCGUCAGAUAUGUCAAUUAUGAAGUUGCCUCACAGUCACCCACUACCUCUGUUACCUGUAAAGGUCAAGCAAGAAACAGUUGAACCAAUGGACCCUUAAGACUUUUUGGCAAAGUGAAUUUUUUUUUUUUUUUUAAUUUAUGACUUGGCAAGUCAGGGUGCCUGUAGCAGUUGCUUGUACAUAGUUUCAAUGCUGCAAAGCAAUCUUGGCUUACAGUAGUUUCCCUACGCUCUCCAGCUGAAAGAAGGAACUCCAAAGUUACUGUUUUCUCAGGGCAUAAAAAGGGGCAAAGGACUGUGCGUUGCCUCGCCAGUUACUAAAAGACAAUCAUCUAUCCAUAAUUAUUUUUUCAAUGAUAGUACUUCAUAAUUUAUUAUGCAAUUAAUCAUUCUAAAAGCAAUAAUUAGGAAAAUGUUUACAAUGACUGGAAAAUUCAUUGUAAUUUUUACUUUAAAUGUUUUUAUUUUUUGUUUUAUGGCCAUUCUUUGUAGAUAUUUUUUUCUGCACAUCUGUUUUAAGAACCUAAGAUGGGGGUUUCAGUAAAUGUGUUUUAUGUACCAAUGUCUUUUAAACAAAUGUGGUUUUUCGUAUUGCCAAAGUUGGACAUUUGACACACAGAAUCCUAGGUCCGUUGGUUUGAAAAAAAAAAAAAAAAAAAUCACGCUGUGUACUUUUAUGUGCAAAUCACCCCACUGGGAAUUGAAAAAAUAAACCAAACCCAGAGUAGCAGGAAGCAGGGGAAGAAACUGCUGCCCCUGCCUCGCUGAGGACGGGAGAGAGAUUCUUCUGCCUGCGGCGCUGCCCGGCACAGAGGGGGCACAGAGCACCCACCUGCCACGGACAGGCCUUUAGGAAAGGGCUGUAGCCCCACAGAUUGUCACCUAUCUCCAUGACCAAAGGAAUGCAUCAGCUCAAAGGGGCUCUUCCAAAAGAAAAAUCUCAUUUACCUUCUUGUAUUUCCAAAAAGCAGUUUAAAAGCAAACACACAAAUAUUCUUAAUAUUCUGCCUGAAAGGGGAUUUUUGGCAGACCUCUUUCUUCUCUCUUCUUUUUGUUUUUUCUUUUUCCAUGGCCAGAGCCUUCCAGGGAUAAAAAAAAAAAAUAAAUGGUCAGAUUCCCUGAGAAAGAGGGGGUUCGGUUUUACUUGUAUUUUCCUCUCCCACUUUGCCUGGGUAGAGGUGGGGAACAAAGUCCUUUCCUGGCACAUACAUUUUUUUUUUUUCCUUCCUUCCUGUACGACUCAGAUUUUUUCUCAGUAUUUGUGUUUGUACAUUUUGUGGUUAAUUUAAUUAAAGAAAAAAAAGGGCAUUGCAAAGUUGUUGAACAACAAUUACCUCAGUGCUUGUGUCCAGUGGUGCAGACAAUGCUGUUUUAUCUAAAUGCUUUGCUACUUUAGAGAAGAAACCAAAAUGUGCACAGGGAAAGAUAGAAUGCACGUCCUUUUAUCUUUUUGUUUUGCUAAGCCCAAAGAUGAUAUGGUGACGUUUGAGGUGUAGCAAAGAAUACAUGUAUAUUUAUAGAUAUAUUUAUACCACUAUACUAUAUAUGUAUAUGUAUAUAUAUUUAUACCACUUAAGUUGUGAGCCAAACCAUGUAAUAAAACCUAUUUUUCAUCUAAGUGUGAAAAGCAAAUGUUAUCCAGUUCUACAUGUUACCACUGACCUCAAACCCAGAAGGUUGCACCGAGGCGUUUGUCGGUGGCCGGUGGGCACAGGCUGCCCGGGUGACACCUGACGUGGGUAACGUCACCCACCCAUGGUGGCAUCCAGGCAAAUUGGGUGGGAAUCACCCUUUUUGCAGGACGGGGGGGUCAGGGCUCCCCCGCUCCCUGCUCCCGGCAGCGGUACCAGGGCAGGGAGGAGGCGGGCGGUCAGUGAACGAGCAGCCAGAAAAAUGUAACUGAAAGAACUUGAAAAGAAGCCAAAUAUGACCAGUGUGUUCGCACAACACGGCGACGGGCGGGGUGGAAGGUAGUUGGGACGAGCCCCUCGGCUCGUUUCGCCCUGCCCUUAACGAGUUGCAUGGUCAACGCGCAUAAAUAUAAGUAGCAUUAUUAACACACCUCCCCUCCAUGUGUAUCUUUUUGUCUGGUUAGAUCCUUACCAGUUUUAACUUAGCCCACUUCUGCAAUCGGGGAUUCGGUGACCUUCUCUCUCAGCAAACUUCAUUUGAAUGCCUUCUGUUAAAAACCAAAACAAUCCUGAAAUACAAGUCUCUCAACACAGUUUUUGAAGGACUACAGUUCAUUACAUUUCCACUCCUGCAAAUCGUGAGGCUGACAUCUUUUAAAUGUAGCAAUAGUUCAUAAAUAUAGUACUUACUUGUAGGAUAAACCAAAGUAUCACUACUCUGUCACUGGACACACACUUUUCCUGUUAUUUGCCUGUAGUGCUUUCUUGUAUUUGAUACAAAUUUUACAAGAAUUUAUAUGCAUCAGCUUUAAGAAUUGUUACUUCUCUUUACUGUUUCCCCCUUCCCUUAGAAGUUUUACAUGUGAAUGUAGCAACAAUCAACAGUGUUUUGGGGUGGGGGUUUUUUUUUUGUCUCUCUUGAGAAAGACUCUGACCAAAGUUAACAGGCUUUUUAC